UCUCAACCAGAGGGGAGACGUCUGCUAUCACGGAAAUAAUCCAAAGUUCACCCAGCCCGGGUCGGAAUCACUGCGCGUUUUUCUGAGAAAUGGAUUUCUCCUAGGCGACUCUGGGCAUCCCCAAAGGUUCGUCUCCACCUCAGAACCCGCCUGAACGCCGUCUGGCUUGGAUUAUUUUGGCAGGACUUGCCAACUCAAGGCGGAAUACCGUUUGCCAUGGCAUAGCUGAUUGCUGAGUCAGAUAUAAAUUGAGCAGUCGGCGUGAUACUGCGCUGUAGAAACAGGCAGCGCGCAUUCUCCUAGCGAUGAAUGGUGUGGAUGAAGCCCUGCACUUUUAACGCGGGCCCUACUCACAUUUCUAGUCUCUUUUCUCAGUUUCACUUGUUGACUGAAUUCAGAUCAUGUUUGGCCUCGGCAAAGCCCAGCGCUCGAGACGGCCCCUGGGUAAGAUGGGGGCGGGAACGCGAGGCUCGGGAUUACGGCAUUAUCCCAGAAGCGCAUCCUCACCUGACGGAUCGCAAACCCGCUCGCGCCUCUUCUUAGCCUUCAUUAUGCUGCUCCUCACCCUCACGCCGCGCGUGGAUUCCUCCUGGUGGUAUAUUGGCGCUCUCGGUGCACGUGUGAUCUGUGAUAACAUCCCUGGCCUGGUCAACAAGCAGCGGCAGCUGUGCCAGAGACACCCUGACAUCAUGCAGUCCAUCGGCGAGGGCGCCAAGGAGUGGGUCCGCGAGUGCCAGCACCAGUUCCGCCACCACCGCUGGAACUGCAGCACUCUCGACCGGGACCACAGCGUCUUCGGACGCGUCAUGCAGCGCAGUAGUCGUGAGGCGGCGUUUGUGUACGCUAUCUCGUCGGCGGGCGUGGUGUAUGCGAUCACGCGGGCCUGUAGCCAAGGCGACCUGAAGACGUGUAACUGUGACCCACACAAGCGCGGCCAUGACAACGACAGGGACGGCACCUUCAACUGGGGCGGCUGCAGCGACAACAUCAACUACGGCAUCAAGUUCGCCAAGGCCUUUGUGGACGCCAAGGAGCACACCGUCAAAGACGCCAGGGCUCUCAUGAACCAGCACAACAACCUCUGUGGACGCUUGGCAGUGAAGCGCUUCCUGAAGCUGGAGUGUAAGUGCCAUGGUGUGAGUGGCUCCUGCACGCUGCGCACGUGCUGGCUGGCCAUGUCCGACUUCCGCAAGACCGGCGACUUCCUGCGCAAGAAGUACAACGGCGCCAUCGAGGUCACCAUGUACCAGGACGGAACCAGACUCACCGUGGCCAAUAAGGACUUCCGCAACUUCACCAAGAACGACCUGGUCUACCUCGAGAACUCGCCCGACUACUGCCUCAUGAACAAAGCAGCAGGUUCCUUGGGGACAGCAGGGCGAGUGUGCAAUAAGUCGUCGCGUGGCACGGACGGCUGUGAGGUCAUGUGUUGUGGCCGUGGUUACGACACGACGCGUGUGAAGCGCAUCACCAAGUGAUGUGCGACGUUGGAAGGCACUGCCAGUGGAGUCCCCUGUGUGACACUGUGUCUGAUGUGAGACCUCCGGUUCUGCGGAAGUGAAGGUUCUAGACGGGGAACAGGGCUGUGCACGUUCCCCGCUACGCAAAGGGUUCUACGCCACGUUACACAGCUAUCCCGGACUCGAGGAGAAAGCAAGAGAACUUAUUUAAAGAAAAGACAGAACCCACACAUCCAAUGUUCCGUAUCUAAAGAUGACCCUGCACUAAGAACAUUAGCUCAACAGUAUGAGCCAAACAUAUUUCUUUUAUAUAUCUCGCAAUUAUAACACGUCAGCUGAGAUCAUGUAGCCCUCUUCCCAAACACAAACGUGCAUACACACUUCUCAAAAGAUGCUUCUGCAGGAUCUGACCUUCUCCACGGUCUUCUCCGUGACCUUUGACCUCGGACGCAGACUUCAGAGAUUCACGGCUGCCUUAAUGCCUUUGGAGAAAUGUGUGUGUUACUGCAUUGUCAUUUUUAAACAGAAGUUCAUAAAAUAUAUAUUGUGUAUUAAAACAUAACCGGUUGAUUUAA